UGUUUUGCGCAGAGUGGACGCACGCGAACACACAUCGGCGGUCUUGUUAUCGCAGAGGAGCCGUAAAACAUUAUUGUGUUCAUCUGCGUCGGGCGAAUUCUAACGUUACCGAUCCGUUUCAUUCAGCGAACGAACAAUGAGCGAUCACCCGGCGACUAGCAGAUGAGCCAAAUCCGACCGUCGCUAAAAGAAAGAGGCGAAAUUUCGGCUAUUUUGUCAGCAUGGCUAGUUGCGGCGAGGUUAAUCUUUCCGUGGACUCCCUGACUUCUGGUAAGAAGGUGAGUGGGGAGGCAGUGACGGAGGGAAGUCCGCCCCCUUCGUCUCCUUCGCUGCCCAUUCCGGAGUGUGCAAUCUGCCUGCAGAGCUGCGUCCACCCCGUACGCCUGCCAUGCCGCCAUAUUUUCUGCUUCCUAUGCGUGAAAGGAGCUUCCUGGCACAGCAAACGCUGCGCUCUGUGUAGAGGGGAGGUGCCCGAGGACUUCCUGGAGCGUCCCACUUUGCUCUCGCCCGAGGAGCUGAAGGCUUCGGCGACUGGCGGACGCGGGACGGGGAACGGUGGCCACGCCUGGUACUACGAGGGGCGCAACGGAUGGUGGCAGUACGACGAGCGGACAAGCCGAGAGCUAGAGGACGCGUUCAACAAGGGCAAGAAGAGCGCCGAGAUGCUGAUCGCCGGCUUCCUGUACGUGGCCGACUUGGAGAACAUGGUGCAGUACAGGAGGAACGAACACGGCCGCAGGAGGAGGAUGAAGAGGGAUGUGGUGGACAUCCCUAAGAAAGGUGUGGCCGGGUUAAGACUCGAUCCAGAUCCCAAUCCCAAUCCCAGUCCCGCAUCGGGAUCAGGAACCGUUCCCGUCGCAGCGCCCGCAGUUGCGGAUUUAAACGGAGCCGUAGAUGGCGCCACAGCGGAGCGAGAGAGCUCGGCGGACGGAGCGGACACUGGAGUCAGCGGAGGACGUCCUCAAGGCGUCUUCGCCUCCGCUCCCGUAAGGCCGCCGACCGUCUUGGGAGGUCACCUGACCAGCCCCGCUUCGUCCGGCGAUAUUCAGCUCGUGCAGGCACUCUCCCAACUCAAUAUGAACCCUAGCGAGCAAGAAACGGAAGAGGAAGACGCCGACGACGAAGACGACUCGGUCGCUCCGGACGCCUCGGGCUACGAAUCCGAGUCCGGCACGAGCGAGGAUGAAGAUGAGCAGGCUGGGGACGAAGGUGAAGACGAGCACACAGAAGGCUCCCAGGGUAGGCAUAGACUGCAUCAGUUGGACAGACUGCCCCCUGGUGGUGGCCCGGCGCAUAGCGGCGAUCGCUCUGGGUGCCCCGAUGGUCAGUGCACCGUUACGAAGGUCUGACCGCAGCACAACUACAGAACUCCUACCCAACUACCCACUAACCAAUCUCUGAAAUGCAAAAAAUGAAACGAAGGAACCAUUCAAAUCAAUGAAACGCGGUCUCGGAUAAGGGUGGAGGCUUGGGGCGGAUGGUUUUAGUGUAAGAAUAGUGCUUAUCUUUCUCUUUCAGUCUUAGAGGACUGUACCAGGGCUGUACUCUUUAAUGGAAAUUACAGGCAAAACUACAAUAAACAAGCUUUUAUCAUGCCUAGAAUACAUUAAAUUGGUCCAACCGUUGCACUUUCAUUUGCUUUCAUGUAAUUGAACAUAAAUUUUCAUAAAACUACUUUCACCCUGAAAUUAAACGAGUAUAAGGUACAUUUUGCACAAGCUUUUCGUGACCAUUGAGAAUUUAGUUUUCAUAACAGUUAGGCACAUUUCAUGCUAAACCCUCAGUACUCAUUUAUUUUGAUUCUUAUUACUGUGCUAAAUGUAUCUAAAUUUGUAUUUAUUAUUAUCGCAUUAAUAAGAAUUUCUUUAAUCGUACACCGGUUCACAAUGCGAGGGAAUCUUAAUGACCUACAGCACAGGCUUUUUUGAUUUUAGGGUGAAAUAUGACCCAAAAAGGUUUCCGUUUUACAGUCAUGAGAUUUCAUUACAUCUGGAAUGACUCAACACCAUUAUCCAUUGGUUAUGGAGUCGUACAGUAAUAAUUUGCUGUGGUGUAAUGAAAUUAAAAUAUCAGCUUUUACCCUAAAGCUUGUGCAAUGCCAUCAGAAAAUAAUUGGAAUGGCGAUUUAUAAUUAUAAUUGCAUCUUUUGGUAAAAAAACCUAUAUGCAGUUCCAAUGUUUGAAUAGUGUACUCUACAUCAAAAUGCCUGAUUUUAUAUUUUGCAAACACUAUAUUUCAUGGAAACGUAGAACAUUUUGUUAUGCACCGUCUGGUACAGAGCCUUCUAGAUCUGCGACAAGUGGCAAGAAAGCUUUGGGGGUUUUUGGUGAAACAAGAAGCAUUAGAUGCAAAACCAGCAUAAUUUCGAAUGCAAAACCUAACGAGAGAGAAUUUAUUGUAGUUUUGCCAAGGAUUCCUCUUUAACACGCUCUAGUCAUUAGAAAACCUUCUUCAUCUUACAUUUACUACUUCUAGUGUUUCAUGAUGUGAGGUUUAAAACUCUUUAACGGCGUGUGCGUGCAUUUGCGUUUCUUUUAAGCGACCCGUCUUUAUUCUUCAGUCUCAUCUUGGUGUGCUUUAUCUGUUUCAUGGAUUUGCAUGUGUUGCUGUGAGCGAGGAUGGAGCCCUGGAUUACGGCGCUUUGAACUCUGGGAAAGGCGAGUUUUAUCAUAUUGUAAUUUCUAGUUGUAAAGUAGUCCUCAGGCUGCAGCACACCGGGUGAGUGAGUGGUUUUCAGGCAUAGGUGUCCGAUUUGAAGGUUUUUUUUUUUUUAAUUUUAAUGUUAUUUUCAACCCUGCUAAUUCUCAUCUCCAUUCGUUCAGGUUUUUGUUGUCAACAAAAUGAAAACUAAAAAUCAAUAACUUCUUUUUGGUGUAUUUUUGUUUUAACAGUGUUGUUUUGUUACCAGGUUUAUGAGAAAUAAAGUGUUGUCUGUUACCUGUCUGAGA